CCGACGCCGAUUGGUCAUUCUAACUCCCAAGAGGUACGCGAUGAGGCCAGGAACUUUGGAUGCAAGCAGGGUCGGCACGAAGGAAUCGUCUUCCACGAGAUCAAUGUGGAUGGUUCCAACGCACAACAGUUCCAUCGCCACUUCAACGCUAGCCUCGCUGCCUCUAAAGCUGCUAGAAACUUAGCUGUGAUUGUUUAUCUCGGCGGCAUCCGGUACUUGGGCGGCAUAUCAAGCCCAAACUCGUCCGUCGCGCACAUCCAUUCGCUCAGAACGACCAGUCUUUUUGGGACCAUUGGCGCCAAGUACAUCCCGUGGGACCUACAAGCGCUGCAUAGUGUCGACGCCGACGUGCUGUUAAUGACCAAUUUUGCCUCACGCGAGUUUCUACACUGUCUCCGAUUCAAGCCACCGGAACCCAUAGUUCAGAAUGAGCAUCGCCUGGAGCUCCUGACGUUUAAUUCUAACGAUGCCAAGUCCUUUGCGGAAUGCCUCUCCGAGUUCAACGACAUCCAGCAGACUUUGGAGAGAUCCAACCCACUCGGAUUUUCGCUCGACGCGUCUGCAAACGAUUUGCCAAGCGCCAGGUGCGGCACACCAUCCAAUAUUCGAUGCAGGGGCGGCGGAUCAAAGUCGAGAUUCCCUAUGAGCCCCGGAUGGCGAUAGGGGAGGACCUGCGCAUGCAAGUCAAGGAUAUCGGUUUCCGGCGUGACAUCAUAUCAGGAACCCAGGACAUCUGGCUGACAAGCCCCUGUUCCAUGUUCACCCCCGAACACGUCAAGCUCAAGGCACAGGAUAUCUCCAGGCAAGCCAAACUAUUAGUGAAGCCUCCUACUGGUUCCCGUGCUGAGAUUUGGAAAAUGCUUCUGGACUAUCAGUCCGAUAUCGCAGAUCCGCGGACCAUCGGGACGAUCUGCGUGGCUGUCAAAAGAUUCAUUCCUCCAAGCUCAGACACUACGCAGAGCGAGCAGCUCAGGAAAACUUUCCAGCUCGAAAGGAACAACCUCAUCAAGAUGGUGAAGUGGCCGCACCCCAACAUCCUGACCAUGCUCGGCUCCUUCGAGCUCGUCAAACGUGGCUCCACUGUCUCCUUCAACCUCAUCUUCCCUUUCGCAACGGGCGACGACCUGGCAGCCUUUAUGCGACUCCCCCUGUCCGCUCAUGACGACCUCAACGGCCCCUACCCGCUCGGAUUCGUCGUAUGCGAAGAGUAUGGUGCCUGGGCGCACGGCGUGCUGGAUGAGUGCGCCGGCCUGCUCUCCGCGCUGGCCUACAUCCACCACGGGCUCGACGGCCAGAUCAUCAUCCAUCGUGACAUCAAGCCGGCUAACAUCCUGAUCCACGAGCGACGCUUCAAGUUGGCCGACUUUGGCGCCUCGCGCAUCAAGUCCAGCGCGACGGCCUCCGCCACCGCCCGCUGGGCCGGCACCGAGACGUACAGCCCGCCGGAGUUGCUCCAACCCCGCGACGGUGAGGAGAGAGCCCGUUUCGGGCGGGCUCGAGAUGUUUGGGCGCUGGGGUGCGUUUUGCUCGAGGUCGCCGUCAUGCUAGCGGCGUGCCAACAUGCGGACGUGGUGCCGUCGGUCGAAGGCUUCAGGAUGAUGCGAACACGGGCAUCCGAGAAACCCGGCGAGGAUCCCGGGACGGAUGCGUUUGCGCAGACAAUGGAGUGCGUGCGAGCCACGGCGCAGCUUUUCACCCAGUUGCAAGACAGCCAUCUAUUGUGCCUAGUCGAUGUGGCCAUGAAGAUGCUCGACAUAAACCCUGACACGAGACCCCAAGCAUCAGUAAUGUACGAUCAAAUGACGCGGACGUACGCGGCCAUCGUGGAUGAAUGCCACAUCGACUACAAACCUCCCGUUCGCGAAGUGUCCCGGCGUGAUACCCAGGCGACGCGGCCUACAUCCCCUGAACCGGAUGAGCUGGCGCGGUUUUGGUACCUCGCAUUCUGACACAACAACUACCAUCGCUUCUAUCCCGUUAAGCCGUCGACUAUGAUGAUAAUGUGCAUGUUCUUGGCCGGUUGUGGACUUAUCGUUGCUUUUACACUCAUAAUAGUACUUGACGUAUCGAAUUCAAAGAUGGGUAUUUGGGGUGUCUUGCGUUUCCCUGUGCUAGGGACUCUGCUUGGUUUGUUCCUCUCCUGGCUUGCACUUUCUCCGAUCCCCUGUUACUUCCUUAUGUGGGUGCUUAAGCGGCAGGCGGUCACGUAUUUGGAGCCUUCCACUGCCGUCACAGGAGGCUUUCAAGAAGCCAGCCCUGAUAUAUUGGCGGAAGAAAGAAAUCAGACCUUACCUGCAUCACAAGAGGGUAGAA